UACUAGUAAUACUAAUACUAGUUUUUUAGAGAAUGCUUCUAAUAUACUUAGUAAAAAUAAACAAAAAUUUAAUGAAACAAAUGAAUUAAGUCAAUCUCUUAAUAAAAAACACAAAUAUACUAGUAAUAAGAAACAAGGUGAUAUUUGGAAAUAUAUUAAUAAAGACACUAGUUUAGAACAGGAAUAUUAUAGGGCUAAAGUUUUAAGAAUUGAAAAACGACUUGAUAAUGAAUUGGAAAAGAAAGAAAAUCUUACUUUAA